CCUGCAGCUGUUGGGAGCGCAGGAGAGUCAUGGAUCAGCCCGAAAACCCGCCGCUGUAGGACGGAUCGGGCCGCUGCCGAGCCGGAGGACGGACGGACGGAGGAAACUUUGCCGCUGCAGAGACCGACACGGCGGAGGGCUUCCCCCGGUCCCUCCCUGCUGGAAGAAAUGUGGCUGAACCCGGAGGAAGUUCUGCUGAAAAACGCUCUGAAGCUUUGGGUGACCGAGAGGAGCAACGACUUCUUCCUGCUGCAGCGGAGGAGAGGCCACGGAGAGCCCACCAGCAGGAUCACAGGGCUCCUGGUGGGGGCGCUGGACACGGUCCUGGACUCCAACGCCCGGGUCACCCCCUUCCGCAUCCUCCUGCAGAUCCCCGGCUCCCAGAUCAGCUGGGUCAUCGCCAGCGGAGCUGUCAUAGAGGAGGUGAACAAGCACUGGGACUGGCUGGUCCACAACCUGCUUCACUCCCUGUCUGUGUUUGAGAACAAGGAGGAUGUCGCCAGCUUUGUCAGAGGAAAAGUCAAGGGCCUCAUCGCGGAGGAGGUUCGGGGUCGCCAGGCCGCCCAGGAGGACGAUCCGGAGAAGUUCAGGGAGGCGCUACGGAAGUUUGAGCUGCACUUUGGCCUCCCAUCGUCAGAGAAGCUGGUGACGUACUACUCCUGCUGCUGCUGGAAGGGCCGGGUGCCUCGGCAGGGCUUCCUCUACCUCAGCAUCAACCAUGUGGCCUUCUACUCCUUCCUGCUGGGCAAGGAAGUCAAGUUUGUGAUUCCCUGGGCGGAGGUGACACGGUUGGAGCGGGUCUCCACCGGUCUCAUGACAGAGGCCAUCCGGGUGAACACGCGGCAGCGACAAAGAGAAUUCUCCAUGUUCUUAAACCUGGAUGAGGCCUUCGGGGUCAUUGGUCAGCUGGCUGACAUUGCUCUGAGGCGGCUGCUGGACAGCGAAGGCCUGGAGCUGGACCGAGUGCUGCAGCAGCCCACACGCAUCACCAAGAGGAUCCUGGAGGAGCAGGCCAUUAGAGAGUACGUCCUGGCUCUGUUUCGUCUUCCUCGCGGCGAGAAACUCUACGAGGUGGCGUCGUGUUCGGUGUGGACGCCUCACGCUCGCUGCCAUACGGCCGGGAGUCUCUACACCACCGACAGCUACCUGUGUUUCUCCAGCAGAGAGGAGGGGAACUGCAUCCUGCUCAUCCCGCUGUCAGAGGUGUUGUCCAUAGAAAAAGCGGAGAGCACCAGCCUGCUGCCCAACCCGGUCAUAGUGAGCAUUCGCACUAAAAAAGCCUUCCAGCUGAUCGAGCUGCAGGACAGAGACGAGCUGGUGGAGAGUCUGAACUCCAGACUGAGAUCCCUGCAGUGGAAACAGUCCAUGUUCCGAACCAGGAAAGACAGCAAGAGAAGCGUGAGCUCGCCAACACCCUACUACACCUUCUACUAUGACACUGGAUACUCAGAUGAAGAAGAGAUCGAGGAGCAGGUCCUGCGUAACACCGUCAACAGCGAAGCCCUCAUGACAGCCUUCCACCAAAACCAACCAGGAACCAAUGGCAAGAAGAGUGCCGAGCAGGUGAAGGAGCGGCUGUGGGAGGAUCACUUCUCCGAGUUCGGCCGUGGCGUCCACAUGUUUCGCACCGAGAAAAUCCAAAGGCUGGUUGCCAUGGGGAUCCCCGAGUCUCUGCGAGGGGAGCUGUGGAUGACACUUUCUGAUGCGUCCUCAGAGCUGGAGUCCCAUCAGGGCUACUACACCGGCCUGGUGCAGAAAUCGAUGGGCCACAGCAGUCUGGCCACAGAGGAGAUCGAGCGGGACCUUCACCGCUCCCUGCCGGACCACCCGGCCUUCCAGAACCCCACCGGCAUCGCUGCACUCAGACGCGUCCUCACUGCCUACGCUCACCGCAACCCCAAGAUCGGAUACUGUCAGUCUAUGAACAUCCUGGCAUCGGUGCUGCUGCUCUACGCUAAAGAAGAAGAAGCUUUCUGGCUGCUGGUGGCUGUCUGUGAGAGGAUGCUGCCUGACUACUUCAACCGCAGGGUCAUAGGAGCUCAGGUGGAUCAGUCGGUGUUUGAGGAGCUGAUCAGGGAGCGUUUGCCGGAGUUGGCUGAGCAGGUUCCAGACCUCUCUACUCUCUCCUCCGUGUCCCUCUCCUGGUUCCUCACCCUCUUCCUCAGUGUGCUGCCCUUCCAGAGCGCCGUCUGUGUGGUCGACUGCUUCUUCUUCCACGGAAUCAAAGCCAUAUUCCAGCUGGGUUUGGCCGUGCUGGACGCCAACGCUGCGCUGCUCUCUGCCAGCACAGACGAUGGACAGGCACUCAUGAUUCUCACAAGCUUCCUGGACCAGGUUGGAGGUGAAGACUCGUCCUGCGUCCCGUCCUCGCCGCCUGCUGCAGAGGAGAGCAGCUGCAGCGACGCUGAUAUUCCCGCUGUGGGACACGCAAACAUCACCGACCUCAUCAAUGAGUCCUACGAGAAAUUCGGAGAUCUGACAGUGCGGCAGAUUGAGAGGCUUCGCUGUCGACACAGAAUCCGAGUGCUGCAGGCUCAUGAAGACACCACCAAAGAAAAUGCUCUGAGGCUGGUGACUCCAGAUGUUUCCAUCUCUCCAGAGAACUUGGCUGACAUCUAUGACCUCUUCAAGACCGAGCACUUCAUCAGUCUAUACUGGGGCGACAGCAGCUCUGCAGCAGCAGCAGAGGCGGCAGCUUGGCAGUACGGAGACUCCGGUCGCUCGUAUGUGGAGCGACAGUAUCGGCUGGACCGACCCCAGUUUAAGAGCCUGUACGGGCUGCUGGUGCCGUGGCCCGGCGGCUCGAACCAGCACACCGACACGCUGGCCAACCGCUCCUUCACCCUGCUGGACCAGGACCGAGACAACCUGGUCACCUUUAGAGAGUUUGCCAGCUGGCUGGACACUUUGUACUGUGAAGAGCUGAAUGAGAAAAUCAGGCUGCUGUAUCGCCUUCACAUCCCUCCAGCUUUGACUGAAAGUGAGGACGACCCGUCUGUGAUGAAGAGCCCCCUGCUGUCCACCAACAGACCCCUCUAUGUUAAUCUGUCCUCUGAUGAUGAAGGUGAAGUAAAAGAUUACCAGGAGCAGCUGAAGCAGAUGCUGCAGGAUCUGGUGAAAGAGAAGGAGAAAGACGUGGAGAAGCCUCUGCCACUCAUGAACCAGCGGGAGUUCAUCCAGUUCUGUAAAACGCUCUACAGCAUGUUCCACGGUGACCCGGAGGAGAACGACCUCUUCCAGGCCAUUGCCACGGUAACCAGCCUGGUGCUGCAGAUCGGCGAGGCUGGCCACCGCGGGCAAACCUCAGAGUCAGAGGUCAUCGGCAAAGAGGAGGCGAAAGCAGCGGCACCCGCACCCGCUGAGGACGCCGGACUCGACGGCGGCAGUGACGGGAAGUCGGCGGCGGAGAGCGAGUGGACGGUCAGCUAUGCUCAGAUCCUGGCGUCGCUGCUGACUGAACAGGCGCUGGUGAACUUCUUCGAGAAGCCGGUGGAUCUGACGGCGAAAAUCAGAGAAGCCAAGGAGAGACAGUAUCACCAGCGGGCGAGUUUGCUCACGCUGCAGCAAGGGACCAGAUGACUGAAAUGUGAACUCCGAGCCACGACACAAGCCAAAUAUCCUGAAGAAAGCUACAGUAUCAUUUGACAGAACGCUGCAGAUUCAAAUUGAGCUGAGCAGGAAGCUAGAGAGCCUUAAGUUCAUCUGUGACAGCUAUAACCUUAGUAUGACUGCAGACGUUGCAGCCGCACUGGCAGGACUCCCUGUGACGCUCUGACCUUCUUUGGUCUGUAACUGACAACAGAAAGGAGUUUUUUUUUUUUCCACAACAUUUUGAGCCAAAAACAGUCCUGACUCUCCAGCAGCCCAUUUAAUGGUCGACUCACUGGUAUUAGACAUGAGUAAUGUCAAAUUAUAUUUUUCAUUUAGUGCUAUAAGCCUUGAGAAAUUACAAUUAUUGCCUUCUGAUGUCACCACGAGGAUGCCCUCAGUUAAACUGUGGCUACCGCUUUCUAGUAAGGCAUUCCUUCAGUGUUUACAGGCUGUGACUGAUUACAUAAAUCAAUGAUACUUUCUAGAUUAGCGGUAAGCCCUCGUCAGCUUUCUCUCACUUCUCCAAAAGGCUGCCUUAUUAGAGAGUUCUACCGACAAACCUUAACACACAAAUGUGCAGCAUUAAGGACAAAUCCAGCAUGCAAUGAGUGUUCUUUUUUAUUAUUAUUAAUUUUAUUACUUCUGUUUCUUUAACAUAAAUUUUUUUUUCAAAUGCACGCUUUCGAUUAAAGAUAUUUUUCAACUUUUUUCAAAUUACUGGGAGAUAAUCGACAGUGUUGUGAAACUGUUACAAAAAGCAGAAAAAAACAAACGCACCACUGGAAGUGUCCUUUAAAUAAAAUACACUGCAGAAAUCCGACUGGUUUCA